AUUUGUAUGUACAACUUAGGGAUUCCAUAUGAAAUCAGUGAUAAAUUUAUUAGCGGAGAGAAGCAAACAACUGUUGAUGUAAUGAGAAGAGAGGAAGCUCAGCAGGAGGGGCUUCAGGGAGGACAGCGCAAACCUAAAUGUAGCUUGCUGUCACUCAGCAAAAUCACACCUUUGGAGUUCGCUGUAGUGCAGCAGGGCCGGUGUUAUCUCCAGAUGAGCGUUUGAUGCCUGAAAACAUAUUAGAGGUGGAAAAGCUAUGCAGACGUGACAGAUGUCUGCACAUCAGCACAGGAAGCUGGAGAGAGGGAGGGAGAGCGCAGAACAGCCAUCUAAUCAGCUUUUAAACAACAAGAAGAGUGCCGGUGCCAGUGACUGGGUGAAACGAAAGCUAAAUCAGCAUAUUCGCAAUAAACACAGGAAACCUGAAAGUCAGGAUCCAGCCCAGCUCAGUGCAUCCAACAUACCUGAAUCUCAUUAUUUUGAGGAGGACAGUCCAUUAAGAAGAACAGCCUCUGAGCCAAUUCUGAAGCUGCGACCAAAGAGAAGUGCUUCGGGAAGACAAAACCCACUGCAGCGUAAAACCAGUGCGCCCCCUACUGUCAGAGAACCUGACUCUAUGGGGGGAACUUCCAGUUCUACAACAGUAUUCAAAGGAAGAUCAUUAUCAGAUAAAAAAAUGAGCUGUCAAGAGCCACAGACCUUUAGCACAUCAUCACCACACGAGGAUGAAUCUCCUGUACACAGCGUUCAGAACCCCAUGAUCUGGACUAGAUAUUCACAGCCGGUCUUUGCCGUGCAUCCACCUGUUCUUGCAGUUCCUGGGCAGUGGGCGGUGAUGCCUCAUAGGCCUUUGAGCAAAUCCCAGUCAGCACCUUCGUUUGUCCAGCACUUCCACACUCAGACUGUCAUGAUUGCACACCCCAUGUACCAGCAGCAAUGGCCACAGGAGACAUUCCAGCACCACACCGAGACAAACGAGCAUUUGCACGCAAGCACACAGAUCUCUGUUUCACACGCUCUGUCUCAUCGUAAGGUACCUUUUCGCACUUCUGGAUCGCUGAGAAGAGACAGAGAGAGAGCAAGAGAGGACUUGCGCGUACCAUCAAGGUCACCGCAUGAUAACUGUUGCAGUAAUAAAAUGGGAGUACAGCACCACAGUGAAUGCUGUAAUGCACAAAACAGAAUAUUUCACCGGAACCUUGGGCGUGUGCAUUCCUCCCCAGACGCCUUCAAUGGAAGUCUGCCUUCACAUUUAUUCUCAUCUCUAGCCCGGGGUGUCAGAAGCAAAUCGAACUACACCACAGGUUUGGUGUUUGACUAUCAGAUGCUGAAACAUGUGUGUGACUGUGGAGGGUAUGGUGACAGAAUCGUGAGUAUCUGGACAAGAUUGCUGGAGUGUGGCCUCAGGAAUCAGUGUAAGGCUGUUAAAGGCAGGCUGGCCACGUUUGAGGAACUACUGUCAGUCCAUUCAGAAGAGCUUGUUUGUUUGUACACUGGGUUGUCGGAAAGAACAUCUUCCAUAGCAUAUCGAAGUCAAACAGACCUUGAUACGGCAUCGAAUACUUCCUGCAGUGCAGAAAUACUGAAGAUGGCAGUCGGCAGUGUGAUUGAGCUGGCUCUGCGUGUGGCUGGAGGAGAGCUAAGGAAUGGGUUUGCUGUGGUCACGCAUCCAGGACAUCAUGCAUCACAUUCUCAAACAUGUGGUUCCAGUAUCUUUAACUCUGUGGCCAUUGCUGCUAAACAGCUUCAGGAGCGACUGAAGGUUAAGAAGAUCCUUAUAGUAGACUGGGAUGUUCAUCAUGGUUAUGGAACUGAGGAGAUAUUCUACACGGAUCCUAGUGUCCUCUAUAUAUCCCUGCAUCGCUAUGACAAUGGUUCUUUCUUCUGUGGAAAUGGACAGCCCACCAGGGUAGGAUCUGAUAGAGGAGAAGGCUAUAAUGUAAACGUGGCUUGGUCAGGAGGCCUGAGUCCUCCAAUGGGAGAUGCAGAAUACCUAGCUGCGUUCAGAACGGUGGUUAUGCCAAUUGCUCAUGAGUUUUCACCAGAUGUGGUCCUGGUUUCAGCUGGUUUUGAUGCUGCAGAGGGUCACCCAGAGUCUCUGGGUGGAUACAGAGUUUCAGCAAAGUGUUUCGGAUUCUUGACCCGGAAGUUAAUGGAGUUGGCUGAAGGUCGAGUGGUGUUAGUGUUAGAGGGAGGUUACGUUCUCACAUCCCUCUGUGAUGCGUUGCAAGCCUGUGUCAGCGCUCUUGUGGGAAAUGAGCCUGAGCCUUUAGCUGAGAUGGAAUUAGUGAGGAAACCCUGCUUCAACGCAGUUGAGUCUCUGAAGACAGUACUACAUGUUCAGAGCAGGUACUGGCGUUCAGUGAGGUCUAUGGUGGACACUGUGUCUCUGUCCUAUGUGAAUGCAGAGAGGAGAUACUCGGCAGGCACUGAAGCUGCUUUAGUCUUGGAUGGCCUCCAUAUGAGCAUUCCAAUCAUAAGCCGUUUCCCAAAUGAGCCAAUGGAGCAUGAUGAAGCUGAAUCAAUGUAGAAGUCUGUCUUAUUUUCUGGAAGAAUUCAUUCCUCUCCAAGCAGAAUAGAAGUUGGACAUCCUGUGCUGAGGCUGCUGUGAUAUUACUGUGGUGAUUGCAGUGUUGUGUGAGACAGGAGACAAUCCUCAGGAACUAGACUAUACAAAAGAAUUUCAUCUCGUGAGUGAUUUAUUGAAAUGCUGAGUCAUUUGUUUGAUGACAUUUUCCAGUUAUAGCUUGCUCAUGAUACCUCUGGACAAUGUCAAAUAAGGAUAUCAUACAGACAGGAAGUGAAAAUUUAUGAGAAACAUAGUUAACCAGGUUUUAUUGUUCAUGAGUUUGAUCAAGGGACAAAACUUUUGUUUAUACACUACCUUUCAAAUAUUUGGGGUCAGUAAUUUUUUCAAACGUUCAGCAAGGAUGCAUAGCCGAUCUUUUGAACUAUUUUCAACAUUGACAGUAACAAGUGAUUUUUGAACACCAAAUCAGCAUAUAUGUGACCCUGAGCCACAAAAUCAGUCAUAAGUAGCAUGGGUAUAUUUGUAGCAAUAGCCAACAAUACAUUGUACGGGUCAAAACUAUACAUUUUUCUUUUAUGCCAAAAAUCAUUAGGAUAUUAAAUAAAGAUCAUGUUCCAUAAAGAUAUUUUGUAAAUUUCCUACCAUAAAUAUAUCUAAAGGUAAUUUUUGAUGAGUAAUAUUUAACAGCUUUAAAGGUGAUUUUCUUACAUUUUCAGUUUAUUUAUUUAUUCAUUCAUUUUUAACUCUCAGAUUCCAGAUUUUUAAAUAGUUGUAUCUCGGCCAAAUAUUGCCCUAACAAACCGUACAUCAUUGGAAAGCUUAUUUAUUCAGCUUUCAAGUGAUGUAUAAAUCUCAAUUUCAAAAAAUUACCGUAAUGACUGUUUUUUUUGGUCCAGGGCCACAUAUUAGAAUGGCUACUGAAAAUUCCGUGAGCCAUCACAAGUUUUCGUUUUAAAACGCUCUCCGUCCACACUAGCGUUUUCAAGCGUUUUCCAAAAGUUUGUUAUCCGUACUGACACGUUGAAACAUUAAAUUCGCCUUACUGCGCAUGUGUAAACCUUAUAUAAGCGCACUGAGAUAUCAAAAUAUCUUAUUAACUGACGUCCAUGUUGAGUCUACUCAUAUUUGAGCUAAAACGCAACUGUCCUCAUGUUUUGCCGCAGGACAGCAAUUUUGAGUAAAUUUUCUGUCAUCUUUUUAGGACUGUAAUAUGAAGUGUACAAACUAAAUAUAUCUUUAGCAACAGUGUGAAAGCGAAUAGCACAUAACAGACAUAACAGUCCACAACAACGCGAAAAUGGCGUUUUCAAAUUUAUCCACUUCGGAGAGCGUUUUCAAAAAAACGCCACCUCAGAGUGGACGGAAGUCCAAAACGGAGAGAAAAGGAUGUUUUCAAACGAAAACGUACUAGUGUGGACAAGGCCUGAAUAGUAAUAACAUUUCACAAUAUUACUGUUUUACUGUAUUUUUGAUUAUAUAAAUGCAGCCAUGAUGUACAUGGGGGUUCUUUCAAAAACAUGAAAAUCUUACCAACCCCAAACUUUUGAACAGUAGACUGGAAUGAAAAAUGACUAGUUUUAGGCAUCUGUUAGUCCUUGAUACCUUUAAAAUAGUCUUGAAAAUUUAGUUAUAAAAGCUUUAAUGAUUGCACUUUAUGUUCAUCAAUCAUUACAAAUUUAAAAAGAAAAAACCCUGAGACAUUUUGCAUUGGGCUCAGCUGUCAUUAUUAAUAUCGAUAGAUUUCACUCUGUGAAUAUGUACGGCAGCUAUCUUUGUAUGUCAAGUAUUUAUAUAGCAAGCAUAACGAAAAAGGGUACAAAAUACUGUGCUUUGCUACAUCACUUCGGCUGAAAUUAACUUCUGAGAAAAUUUUUUUUUUUUUUUUUACUAAGUUGGUCUAUAAUUACAUUUAAAGAUAUUCUGAGAAAUACAAAGACAUCCGCACUUGCAUAUUUUCCAGUUGUCUGAAUUUUUACAUUGUUUUUAUAAUCGUUUCAUUUAUUUGUGUUCAAAAUGUUUUGUUCUCAAAAUUAAAUAAACCUGUAUUUGUACUUUUUUAGAAAUAA